AUGGUCAAGAUUGCUUUCUUGCAUCCCGAUCUUGGGAUCGGUGGAGCUGAACGGCUUAUCGUUGAUGCCGCAAUGGCUCUGAAAUCUUGUGGACAUGACGUGCAAAUGUUCACUGCUCAUCACGACACACAGCAUUGCUUUGAAGAAACACGUGACGGCAGUCUGACUGUAACAUGUGUGGGUGAUUGGCUUCCAAGGAGGCUGUUUGGUCGGUGCUAUGCUCUUUGCGCCUUUAUUCGGAUGAUUUACGUUGCGUUGUAUGUCGUUUGGACGACGAGACCGUCUGAUUUUGAUUUGUUUGUUUGUGAUCAGGUUUCUGCUUGCAUUCCUGUCCUACGAUGGUUCAAGUCUAACACCAGAGUGCUCUUCUACUGUCACUUCCCUGACAUGUUGCUAACUUCUCGUGACAACUGGUUGAAAUCAACAUACCGCUACCCACUUGAUUGGCUCGAAGAGAAAACAACCGGAAUGGCCCACACAAUAUUAGUCAACAGCAAAUUCACAGCAAACACGUACACAAAUACCUUCAAAUCACUGACAACUCAACCAGCAGUUCUCUACCCUUCGCUCAAUUUCGAGGCAUUCGAUGUUAACCCUGAACCUCCAAAAGACUGGUUUCCACCUUCUGUGAAGACAAUAUUCCUAUCGAUCAAUCGAUAUGAAAGAAAGAAAAACCUCAUGCUGGCACUUGAAGCACUAAACUCGUUACGAUCACAUCGUGAAGUAUCAGACCACUGGAAGGGCAUCCACCUCAUAAUGGCAGGCGGAUACGACGAUCGAGUCAUUGAAAACGUCGAACAUUACCAAGAACUGAGAGAAUUCACGACGAGAAACGAUCUGGACGAUCACGUCACGUUCCUGCGUUCAUUUAGCGAUGCAGAGAAACUGUCCCUUCUCGAUGUAUGCACAGCUCUCAUCUACACACCUUCAAACGAACACUUCGGGAUCUGCCCUCUCGAGGCCAUGUACAUGCAACGACCAGUCAUCGCCGCCAACAGUGGCGGCCCUCUGGAGUCAGUCGCUCAUAACGAGACCGGCUUUCUCUGUGAACCGACUUCGGUAGCAUUCGCUGAUGCGAUGCUUCAUUUCGUUCACAACCCGGAGAGUAGCAGACAAAUGGGCGAGUUAGGCCGACGACGUGUCGUUGACCGUUUUUCCUUCGAGGCGUUUACAUCUAAUUUGGACAAAAUCGUUCGACAAACUUUAAACGUUCAAUAGAUUUGACU